AUACAAAAACACAAACAAGCGAGGCUCGGAAAUCUGCGGAGCCUUAUUUUAUUUUUAGCUUAUAACAGCGUUGAUGAUGAGCUGUUGAUUCGUUAAGUUAUUAAGAAUUAAUUGAAAACGGGGUUAGGGUGCUCUACGAAGAAACAUGGCACAAUUAGGAUCCGUGGGAUUCGCAUUCUUCGCGUUUUGUGCUCUAAUUUUGACGGCAGUGUCAGCGGGUCCUAGCUCUAGACUCCAGGCGGAAAGUCUCCCCGUACCACGGCUGAGCGUGAACCUCGAUUCUCCUGCAGAGGAGCGAUGGGGUCCCGCAUUGCACCACUGGAAUUUGACUAAAAUGAGAACUCUUUUUAUUGGGACAAUUGAACAAAUGGUACCCAAGGAAGCUCUUCCAUUGGUAGACCAGCUUGGUGAUGUCUUGGAUGAACUCCUCCCGGCCCCUUACUCAGGAGAAAUCAGGGGAGUUGCAAAGACCAUAGGAAUUGGUGUCGGCGAGAUGGCUUUCAUUAAUAUGAUCUAUGACUUUACAGCAGCCUGUACAAGCAUCGUUGCCCAGGAUGCAAAUGGUACCAUCUGGCAUGGUCGUAACCUCGAUUAUGGUUUCUCAACUUCCUUGAGUAAUGUCACAGCUAUCAUUGAUUUCAAGUCACAGGGAAAGACUGUUUACACAACUACUUCCUUUGUUGGUCAAGUGGGAGUUUUCACAGGAAUGAAACCAAAUAAAUUUACCAUCAGUCUGAAUGAGAGAGAUCAGGGAAGUGUGUUUAAGAAUGUUGUUGAGUUGUUGAAAGCCAUUCUUCUGAAGGAAGUAAAGUUUACUACCUUCGUCUUGCGAGAUGCUCUUGCCAAUGAUAACAGCUUCGAUGAGGUCGUUCAGAGGUUCACCUCUCAAGAAGAGGUCGCCCCUGCGUAUCUCAUCAUUGGAGGAAUCAAACCGGGAGAGGGCAUGGUCGUCACCAGAGGCAGGGAGACAACUAUCGAUGUAUGGAGAUUGGACCUCUCAGGAAACAGAUGGUUCCUGCUAGAGACCAACUAUGAUCACUGGGUACCGCCCCCUAAAUCUGACGACAGGAGAGAUCCUGGAAACAAGGCCAUGAAUGCAGUAGGAGAGAAAAGCAUCAAUAACAACACAAUGUGGAAUGUGUUAUCUACUCAGCCAGUAUUGAAUGAGGACACCAUUUACACUGCCUUGAUGUGCGCUGCUAGGCCAGAGAUCUACAGUACACGUCUGAGGAAACUCCCUGAUCAUUAAUACUCUGUUUUUUUAAGACUCAGUUGAAAGCCUACCUCUUUAAUCAGCAAUAGAUCAAAGAUUAUUUUGCUUUUAUUUGCUACAUUAUUCCUCAUAUAAUUUGUUGUGUUAUUCCUCCCAUCAUUUUUAUUGAAUUUUUGGUAAAGCAGUUUUUCAUCUUGCAUUUCAAAUUUUUGCUUUAUUCACUUGUUGUAGGCUUAUAUAAUCUGUUUUGUAUUUUUUAAACCCCAUAUCUUAAUCGAGUGAAAUAGAGUGAAAUGUAGAAAUUUAUUUUGCGAAUUCACUCUUGGCCAGUUAAUUUAUGUGAGUUCAAAGUUCAGAAUAUAACUUGCCAUUGAUUAAAAAUGUUUAUGAAAUGGGGUCCAGAGUGUAUUAAGCUUACAUAUUGUAAUGUCAUCGCUUGAUUUUCAUCAUGUUAUACAGUCCUAAUACAAAAAUUUUAUAAAGCAAUUUAUUUGGAUUUAUAAAGCAAUCUUGCCCAAGGAUACAAGGUGAUGCUAUUGUUACCCCCAGCUUUAGCUGCGCUGCCUGUGUAGGCGCUCAAGCAUUCAAGGAAUUUAUUCCUACCCGUUACCCAUUCAACUCUCCUGGGUUGAGUGCAGCACAAUGUGGUUAAAUUUCUUGCUGAAGGAAAACACACUGUGGCAGGGAAUCGAACCGACGUCCCUCUGAUUGAAAGACAAGUGUUUUAACCACUAGACCACGGCGUCCCCAGAUAUGAGGAGUAUGAAGUGAAUAACAAGUACUAGUAUUCUCUAUUGAUAUGCUAGGUGAAAUAAGGUACAUAAAACAGAAAUGUGGAGGAAACAUUAGAAGGGAAUAUCUUGUACAUUGUGUAUAAUCUCUUGCAAAUUCUUAUUAACAAUGCACUUAACAACAUUCAAUUCCUAUGUAUAGUCAGCUGUGGUGGUAUUGGUGUAAUUGACAAUGAGGUUUUACAGGUGUAUGAGUUUGUUGUUCUAAAUGAGAUGAUUAUGGUAUUUCAUGCAGAAAGCCAUCUCUUUUAUCGGUAAAAUAUAAAAUACGAAGUCAACUCUGUGAUUUUCAUUGAAUGUAUCAGUACUAAAUUUACAACUUUUCAUUCUAUACUCAGUGAUAUGCAAUCUUUUGUAACUUGUUGGCUGUAUGUAGAAAAUAUGACUAAUUACAUAUUUUUAUGUUUCGAAUAUGAAGAUCAGUGAUAGGCAAUCGUAUGUAGCUUGUUGGCUGUAUGUAGAAUAUAAGAAAUUCUAUUUGUGUUUAUUGUAGAUUACAACUGAUUUGUGUUUUCAUGGUUGAUCAAUCAAUCAUUGCUCAUCGAGAAUUAAAGCAUUUCAUACCACAUGCACCAUUAGUUCAUUAUCAUGAAAGGACAGCUUUUCCGGUUGGAUCAGUAAAUAUAUCCUAGUCAGUGCUGCGCCUGAAAAUUUAAGUAUUAAAGAAAUGCUUAACUGAAAAACGAAUCCAAGGCAGAGGGAAGAAUAAGGAUUAAUCGGUAGAGCUGGCAGUAAGAGCUUAGGAUUACUGCCGAUCGUUGAGGUCUCUACUUCUCAUAUGGGUCCUGUAGGAUAUUUGUGACCCUAGCCUAGACAUUGGGAGUAUACCUGUUUUUGUACUUCUGAAAUAAACAAAAUUUCUUAUUUGGAAUCCAAUUUUUGUGCAAUUAUUCGUUAAAAGAAUGCAAUGCAACAAUUGUCUGCUUGAAUAUAUUUGUAAGACAAAUCAUUUCAUAUAUUUGUAUAAAGUGAAUGUAAUGUGAUGUGAUGUUCAUCAUAAAUGGUUUGUCUACUGAUUUUAUUUUUAUGAAAUAAUUAUUGAGAAUGUAUCUUUUGAAGUUCUUUCAUACUUGCCUUUUAUGUGAUUGGAAUAUAUUUAUUUUAUACAUUUUUUUAUCAUUGAAGUCAUUGUAUUCCAUGAAUUAUCUGUAUGGCAGCUACUUUUACCGAUUGCAAGAAGGAACAAACAUUUUGUUAAAAAAAGAUAUUUCAAAUCAGCAACUGCAUCGUAAAAACAUUUGGAAAAAGGCUGUAAUUAUACCAUGUUUUGAGAGAAAAAAGAGUUCAGUUUUAAAUUCAUUUUUUUCUUCUGAUCCAUGUGAAAUAUUGAUGACAGUUUAAUACUGUAAAGUAACUGCCGAUCGAUUG